GUUUCCUUCCAGUUCUUUUGUAAGCUGACAUGAAGUAGACAGACCCUCUGAAGUUUUGUGCAUGCUGUGCUUCUUCUCCACCACCCCCCUUGCUGCAACAAGAAAAGCCUUUUCUUUUAACCUGGCUUCCUUUGAAGAAGUGACUCAGGCAGCUUCAUGGCCUCUCAAGAUCCUCAAGGACAAAUAAACAAAAUCUUUCAGGAUUAUCUCCCGGGUUCUCCAGACCUUCCUAGCCAAAAUAAACCUGUUGAACCUACAAAAGCCUGGAAGCAUGCACCACCUCCUCACAGCUUGCCUCCUGGUCUGGAAUACCUGAGCCAGCUGGACCAGAUAAUCAUUCACCAGCAGGUGGAGCUUCUUGAAGUCAUACUUGGUACGGAGACCUGCAGCAAAUACGAGAUAAAAAACCAUUUGGGACAAAGAGUUUACUUUGCAAUGGAAGAAAAUGGUUGCUUUGAUCGUAACUUCUGUUCACCUAUACGGUCUUUCACCAUAAGGAUUACUGAUAACACCGGUCGAGAGGUGAUCACAGUGAAUAGACCCUUGAGAUGUAACAGCUGCUGGUUCCCUUGCUACAUGCAAGAGUUAGAAGUUCAGUCCCCUCCUGGUACAAUAGUCGGCUACGUUGUCCAGAACUGGGACCCUCUGCUGCCUAAAUUCACUAUACUGAAUGAGAGCAAAGAAGAUGUAUUGAAAAUAAUUGGCCCCUAUGCAACAUGCAGCUGUUUUGGAGAUGUAGACUUUGAGGUAAAAACUCUUAAUGAAAUGUCAACAAUUGGCAAGAUUUCCAAAUAUUGGUCUGGGUUUGUAAACAAUGUCUUUACCAAUGCUGCUAACUUUGGGAUCCAGGUUCCUGUAGAGCUUGACGUGAAAAUCAAGGCUAUAAUGAUUGGAGCUUGUUUCCUCAUAGUAAGUACACAAAACCAGAGGGAAAAGCCGUCCCAAGCUAGGUAACGUGGAGCCACAGCACCCACAAUCUAUGGGAAAACUCCAGUCCUACAACAGGAUCCACACGAGUGGACUCUUGGGUAUGUUCAGAUCCUGUUGCGGGAUUGGGAUCCAACCUAAAAUUGUCAGUACCUAAAAGAUUAUUAGCUGGGAAACCUGUAGCUUUAAUGGGUUAUGGGUGUUUUUUUUUAUCAUUUACUGAUAUGGAAUUCUUUAAAAUUUGUGUCAUUUUAUCAUAAAGUUACACCACAUCCAACAUCCUGUCAGUUUAAAUGAUCUUUUGUGACACAGGACAACACAUGAAAAGAUGUGAUCAAAUAUUUUAAUCCUCGCAGAACCUAACAGAACCCUGGAUCAUCUGAGUCAAUGAGAAAAACUGUUGAAUUUGAACUUGUUAUCAUGUCUGUGAACCAAGAGAGAAGAGCAAUUACACUGAUUCUUUAUUGGUGUUUCAAGAUCCUGGGCCUGAUUUGCCCCUUGCAGGAUAUAAAUAACUCCCAUUGAUUUCAUAGGAGAGUUUUAUGUGUAUCUUGAGGAGCAGAACAGGGCCGUGAAAAGGUGAAUCCUUUGCUUUAGCCACAGCUACUCAUUUUUAUUCAGCAUUAUCUAUAUUUCUGCCCAAUGAGUCAUAAUGUUUUCCCUCGCCCAUAUUCUUCUUCCUUCACAGAUUCUAUUGUAAAACGUUGAAUCUUAAAACAUUCAAGAACAGGGGCAAAGAGGGCUGUGCAUAGAUUUGAGGUGCACAACUAUCAUGGCAAAUCAGCAUCUUUGUCUGUUCUUGCUUGAUUUAUUUCUCCCUGUGCAUUAUAUCUAAUAUGCUACACAUUGGUACAGCAAUGAUGGCCACAUAAUGAUUUCAAAAAACUGUUUGGAUCCUCUGAUCAGAGGAGACAGGAAGACAGGCAAAGCUAUUUUAACUGUACUUCUGAAAAACAACAAUGGUGAUUCUGAUAUUUUAUUCUAGUUCUUGGCUGCAACAAGCUUAGAAAUAUAAUUCUCAUGACACUUAAGAUUUUCAGAUUUCCUCCUACAUAACUCUCAUUGCUCAGUGGCAGACAGUCAUUGCCUAAUAUACUUAUUUUAUUUAAUAAAAGCCUUCAAAUCUGGCUUUUGAUAUUAAUUGUUGCCUUUUUGUAUCUUCCUUA